AUGAUAUUGAAUAGAUCUAACAAAUGGUUAGUUCCUCUAACAGCUAUCAUAUACACUUUGUUUUUGGUCAUAUUGCCGUUGCAUGGUUCCUCUAAAUCUUCCAACAUUUUGGUAAGAGGUGGUGCCACAGAUGAAGUUGAAAAUUACGGUACCGUCAUCGGUAUCGAUUUAGGUACUACAUACUCUUGUGUGGCGGUUAUGAAAAAUGGUAAGACUGAAAUUUUAGCAAAUGAACAAGGUAAUAGAAUUACUCCAUCUUACGUAGCAUUCACUGAUGACGAAAGAUUAAUUGGUGACGCGGCAAAGAAUCAAAUCGCCUCUAAUCCAACUAACACCAUCUUCGACAUCAAGAGAUUAAUCGGGUUGAAAUAUAAUGAUAGAUCAGUACAAAAGGAUUUAAAACAUUUACCAUUUAGCGUCAUUAAUAAAGACGGUAAACCUGCCGUAGAAGUCACUGUGAAAGGUGAAGCAAAAACUUUCACCCCGGAAGAAAUUUCUGGUAUGAUCUUAGGUAAGAUGAAACAGAUCGCUGAAGAUUAUUUAGGUAAUAAAGUUACUCACGCAGUCGUUACUGUCCCAGCUUAUUUCAAUGAUGCUCAAAGACAAGCCACUAAGGAUGCUGGUACUAUUGCUGGUUUGAAUGUCUUAAGGAUCGUUAAUGAACCAACUGCCGCAGCUAUUGCCUAUGGUCUGGAUAAGGAUGAAAGUGAACAUCAAAUUAUUGUUUAUGACUUGGGUGGUGGAACUUUCGAUGUCUCUUUAUUAUCUAUUGAAAACGGUGUCUUUGAAGUUCAAGCUACCUCCGGUGAUACUCAUUUAGGUGGUGAAGAUUUCGAUUAUAAGAUUGUUCGUCAAUUAAUUAAGGCUUUCAAGAAGAAGCAUGGUAUCGACGUCUCAGAUAAUAAUAAAGCCUUGGCCAAAUUAAAGAGGGAAGCUGAAAAGGCUAAACGUUCCUUAUCAAGUCAAAUGUCUACCCGUAUCGAAAUCGAUUCAUUCGUUGACGGUAUCGAUUUAAGUGAAACUUUGACAAGAGCAAAAUUCGAAGAAUUGAAUUUAGAUCUAUUUAAGAAAACUUUGAAGCCAGUUGAAAAAGUCUUACAAGACUCAGGGUUAUCUAAGAAAGAUAUUGAUGAUAUUGUCUUAGUUGGUGGUUCCACAAGAAUUCCAAAGGUUCAACAAUUAUUGGAAUCAUAUUUCGAUGGAAAAAAGGCCUCUAAGGGUAUCAAUCCUGAUGAAGCUGUCGCUUAUGGUGCUGCUGUUCAAGCAGGUGUUCUAUCUGGUGAAGAAGGUGUAGAAGAUAUUGUUUUAUUGGAUGUUAAUGCAUUGACUUUAGGUAUUGAAACCAGUGGUGGUGUCAUGACUCCAUUAAUCAAGAGAAACACUGCUAUUCCAACGAAGAAAUCUCAAAUCUUUUCCACGGCAGUUGAUAACCAACCAACUGUCAUGAUCCAAGUUUUCGAAGGUGAAAGGGCAAUGUCGAAAGAUAAUAACUUAUUAGGUAAAUUUGAAUUGACUGGUAUCCCACCAGCGCCAAGAGGUGUCCCACAAAUUGAAGUCACUUUUGCAUUAGACGCUAAUGGUAUCUUGAAAGUUUCAGCUACCGAUAAGGGUACUGGUAAAUCUGAAUCAAUCACAAUUACAAACGAUAAGGGUAGAUUAUCUCAAGAUGAUAUCGAAAGAAUGGUUGAAGAAGCCGAAAAGUUUGCCUCUGAAGAUGCCGCUGUUAAAGCAAAGAUUGAAUCAAGAAAUAAAUUGGAAAACUACGCCCACUCUAUUAAGAACCAAGUUAACGGUGAAUUGGGAGAAAAAUUAGAAGAAGACGAUAAAGAAACUCUAUUAGACGCAGCCAAUGACACUAUUGAAUGGUUAGAAGAUAACUUUGAUUCUGCAACUGCAGAAGAUUUCGAUGAAAAAUUUGAAGCUUUAUCUAAGGUUGCAUACCCAAUCACUUCUAAACUAUAUGGUAAUCCAGAAGGUGCAGGGCCAAGUGGUGAUGCAUACGAAGAAGACGAAGAUGAGGAUGAAGAUGAUGAUUACUUCGAACACGAUGAAUUGUAA